GCUACGGCAGUGCUUAGAUGCGUCAACGCUCAGCUGUCAGUACACACGUUUAUAUGAAAAGGAAGGAAGGCUUGGAAAAAAACGAUAUACUGGCAGGAAGGGCAGGCGAGCCUUUCAGAUUUAUGCCUCCAGCCGGUUUAUGCUGCACCUGGGUUGUUUAACAGUCAGGGACAAUGGGUUCGACUACAGAUGAAGAAUUUAAGGAGAAAUUACUAUGGAACGUCAAAAGAGAAGUGAAGCAGAUUAUGGAGGAGGCGGUGACCAAGAAGUUUGUCCAUGAAGACAGCAGCCACAUUAUUGCACUUUGCAGCUCCAUCGAGGCUUGCUUAAGCCACCUGCUGAAGAGGAGAGCGGCAGGAUUCCUCCGCAGUGAUAAAAUCGCUGCCCUCUUCACUAAGAUCGGCAAAGUGAACACCACAGUGAGCGAGAUCUGCCGCAAGGUUCAAGAACAGCUACAGCAGCAGGCUGAAAUCACCAGGAGAACCCAGAGCACAGGACAGGAGUCCCUCAGGAGGCAGGGUUCCUCUGCCGGACGGGCCCCUCAGCCACUCUCCGCACAGGCUAUCAAGCACAUAUGGGUCCGCACUGCCCUCUUUGAGAAAGUCUUGGACAAGAUUGUGCAGUAUAUUGUGGAUAAUGCAAGUAAGUAUUAUGAAAAGGAGGCUCUCAUGCACGACUCUGUGUUUGGACCCAUACUGGCGGCACUGCUGGUUGGGCCGUGUGCGCUAGAGUACACAAAGCUGAAGACGUCAGAUCAUUUCUGGACGGACCCGUCAGCCAAUGAGCUGGUCCAGAGACAUCGAAUCCAUGGGGCCCACAGGGGCCAGGAGGUGUCACCAGGCCGCAGACCUGCACUCGGGAUCCGAAAGCGUCAGUCCUCAGGAAGCAUGUCUGAGGAUAAGUUUGCAGCCUCGGCAAGAGAGUAUGUUGAAUCUCUGCACCAAAACUCACGUGUUCACUUACUGUACGGAAAGAACAACGUACUCGUUCAGCCGAAGAAAGAUAUGGAGGUGCUGCGCGGUUACCUGUCCCUUCAUCAGACAGCAGAAACCCUCACGCUGAAGUGGACGCCCAAUCAGCUCAUCAAUGGCACUCUGGGAGACUGUGACCUGGAAAAGAGUAUUUACUGGGACUAUGCUUUGACUGUGCCUUUAAGACAGAUCGUCUGCAUUCAUUGCCACCAACGCCCGGACUGUGGUGGUACUCUGGUGUUAGUCAGUCAGGAUGGGAUCCAGCGGCCUCCUCUGCACUUUCCUCCUGGAGGACAUCUGCUGGCCUUCCUGUCCUGCCUGGAGACGGGUCUCCUGCCCCGGGGUCAGCUGGAACCCCCUCUCUGGUCCCAGAGGGGGAAGGGUAAAGUCUUCCCGAAGCUUCGUAAGAGGAACAGCACGGCCCGCUUGGUGGAUCAGGAUGGGGACGGGGAGGACCAGAUCGCUGCAGACUAUGUGUUUCGCAUCGUUUAUCCGGGUCACCGUCACGACUCAAUCACUAUAAACUACCACCACAGCACGGGCAGUCGUGCGCCCUCUCUGGACGACGAUGAGGAGGAGGAGGAUAGACUUCACGCUAUGAUCUCUAUGAUCUGCUCACGGAACCUCACAGAUCCUAAUGUCAUGAAAGACCACGGGGACCUGAUGGAGAUGCAGGGUUUUGGCGGCAGCCCCUUGUCAUGGCAGCAGGGCGAGUGCACCAGUCAUAUGUCAUCAUGUCUGUCCUGCUCCACUGGGGGCAGCAAUGCCUCUGUCGAGCUUCCAGCCAGCUGCACCUGCAUGCAUGACCGGAUUCCUCUGAAGAUGCUGUGCCAAAAUAUGAAGAGACAGAUUGUGUCUCGAGCGUUUUAUGGCUGGCUGGCCUACUGUCGGCAUCUGUCCACAGUGAGAACACAUCUUUCAGCACUGGUUAACCACAACAUCGUUCCCCCGGACAAGCCCUGUGAAGCCUCUGGAGGUCUCAGCAAAGAUGUGUGGAGUAAAUAUCAGAAAGACUGUAAGAACUAUAAGGAGCUGGAGCUGCUGAGGUUGGUUUAUUAUGGAGGGGUGGAGCAUGAGAUCAGAAAGGAAGUGUGGCCGUUUCUGCUGGGACACUACAAGUUUGGGAUGGACAAAAAAAAUAUGGCUCAGAUUGAUGAGAAGAUCACAGCAAGGUAUCAGCAGGUAAUGAGGGAGUGGAAGGCCUGUGAAGUCAUUGUGAAGCAGCGAGAGAAAGAGAUGCAGUCGGCCAUUUUCGCCAAGUUGUCGUCAGGAAGCAGUAUAGACAGCCACGUCCUCAGACUUAUCCACAGAGACUCCACUAUCAGCAAUGAGGUGUUCAUGUCUGUGGACGAGCCUGACGCCGGGGGUCAGGACACUUCAUGUGAAGACAGCACACCCACUUUAACCACAGUGGUCACCCCGGCCAUGCUAGCCCCAGACGAGAGGCCGCUGGUGGAGUUCGACUCUCCAGACUCAGGCCUGCCGUCCUCCAGGAACUACUCUGUCGCGUCGGGACAUUCCCAAAUCAUGUCCAGCAUUGACGACGGCCAGAGCAUGGAGGAGGACACAACGCCCACUGGAGGACUGGAGGAGCAGGGCGGUCGUGGAUCUCUGAGUGAGGACAAACUGUGCAGUCAGCUGGACAAACUCACAACCACCAGUAGCUCUGAGGGCACUGCACCGUCUUUCUCCUCUUAUACGAUCGAGCUGUUGGACACGGUGGCGCUGAACUUGCACAGAAUAGACAAAGAUGUCCAGCGCUGCGAUCGCAACUACUACUAUUUCACUAGCAGCAACCUGGAGAAACUGCGCAACAUCAUGUGCAGUUACGUAUGGGAGCAUCUGGAGAUCGGCUAUGUGCAGGGCAUGUGUGAUCUUCUGGCCCCAUUAAUGGUCAUACUGGAUGACGAGUGCUUAGCCUACAGCUGCUUCACUCAGCUGAUGAGGAGGAUGAGUCAGAAUUUCCCCACCGGAGGGGCCAUGGACACUCAUUUCGCCAAUAUGAGGUCACUGAUACAGAUCCUUGACUCAGAGCUGUUUGAGCUCAUGCAUCAGAAUGGAGAUUACACUCACUUCUACUUCUGCUACCGCUGGUUCCUCCUGGACUUCAAAAGAGAGCUGCUGUAUGAGGAUGUGUUUGCGGUUUGGGAGGUGAUCUGGGUUGCCCCUCGUAUCUCCUCCAAGCACUUUGUCCUGUUCAUUGCACUGGCUUUGGUGGAGGUUUACCGGGACAUCAUCCUGGACAACAACAUGGACUUCACUGACAUCAUCAAGUUCUUCAAUGAGAUGGCAGAGCGCCACGACGUGCAGCACAUCCUCCGAAUGGCGCGGGAGCUGGUACACAAGGUGCAGACCCUUAUCGAGAACAAGUGAGAACGAGAGUAGGCAGCCGCCCACCAAAAUCUCUCUAUCUCUCUUCUCUCUCUCUCUCUCUCUUGUUUCCACUGUCCUGGAUCUGCCUGGACGUCUGGACUCUUCUGUCGUUUGCCUGCCACAGAAUGCCGUUGUGUCAGACCUGGCGUUGUCUGCAUGCUCGUGGUGUUUGAGCACACUGUGACUGAGGUUUUCAUUUCCGUUUCUUGCUGUACACGCCGCACUGAUCAGGUCCUUUUCGAUCUGCUUUUAUAAACAGAUGAGAUGCCUACUAUUUGGGCUCACAAUCAUUUCCUUUCCCUAAAGGCCGCCAAAUAGAAUUAUCUUUUAGCGGUGACUGACUGUGGUGUUGUUUGUAGUCGGGCAGAUUCAUUUGAGCACAUUUUGAAUCCUUAAAUAAUAACUAAGCCACGAAGAAGUCGUACAAACAGUGUGACCAAAAGGACUGUGCCAAUAAUAACCUUCUACUAGUAUUUAUUUAUGCCUCGUUUUUUUCGUUUUAGCGUCUUUAGCCCCUUUUUUCGGUUCGUCUUUGUGAUGAUGACAAUGAUCUCGGAAAUAAAAGUAGUCGACGUUGCCUUUGUAACACAUUUCAGAAUUUGUGUCCGUUUUGCACUUUGACCUUGAGACACCCGUGAUGCUCCAGAAAGGCCAAAGCGAAGGGGUUGAGGUGUUUUUUUCAGGGGUCAUCACACUUCCCUCAGUGUCCAGUCUGGAAAGGGUCCAGGCUCUUCCACGGGUCGGCAAAACUGCUUCCACAUGAUGAGAGACUAACUAGUCUUUUAGAUGCUGGUUGGCUUUAUCCACUACCUUCAGGCUUUCUUUAUGCUGCACAAACACUAUCAUUCAAAAGUUUGGAGUCAAUGAGUUGUUGUUUAUAAAAACUUCUAUUAGUGUUUGUUGAGAAAAACUGAAUUAAAUCUGCCAUGUUACUGAAGCUAUCUGUUACAAAUAAAUGCUGUUCUAUUCAUCACAAUAUGCUGUAAAAAUGAUCAUAGUUCCCACAAAAAUAAAUAAAUAUUUAAUAAUUUUCAGCACUGAGCAAAAAUCAGCAUAUUACAAUGAUUGGAGACUGGGGUAAUGAUGCCAGAAGUUCAACGUUUUCAUCAGGAUAAGUUGACUUUGAAAAUAGAUUUAGGUAAAAUGUGGUUAUUUUUAAUUGUAAUCAUGUUUCACAGUACUACCAUCUUUUCCCUGUAUUUUUAAUUAAUAAAAUGCAGGCGUUAUGAUGUGAAAAAAGAUAAGCAUACCAAACUUUUAAAUAGUAGUGUACAUAAAUCCAGUUAUUUUCCACAUCCAAUCUGUAUUCACACUUAUCAUGUCCUGAAUCAUCAAAAAGAACUACUUGAAAUCUGAUCUGACUGUUCAGAAUGAAACGCAUUCCAAAACAAAUUUGGAUUUGAAAUGUAAUUAAAGAGAGGUCACUAAAUUUGACCUGCUUUCAGCACAUUACAGCUGUUCAUCAUCAAAUGUGUCACCUCGCACUCUUGCACAUUUAAAGUGUAAUUCACUGCCAUACUGUCUUCCCCUUCUUCCAAGUAAUCAAUUCCUAAGGCUGUUCAGAUUGCAGAAUACUAUCUGACUGAAUACUUCUGUUUAUACAGAUGACUAAUGAUAAUCAUUGUGUUAAAUGAGGCAUUUUACUGUACAUUUCGUGCCAUUCAAAUAUAUAUAUGAGCAAUAUCACACUUGUAGCAGCGCGAUAUGGCUGUAUAUCAGCACUAGUGGGAGGUGUGCGUCCUUAGUGUACCAGCAGUGCUGAUAUACAGCCAUAUGGCACUGCUACGAGUGUGAUGUUGCAUUUUUACAACAGUUCGACGGCAUAAUUGUGUGUAUAUAAAAAGAAAAUCAAACACGGAGAGUCUAAAAAUCCCUUUGUACGUAGAACUACUUUUUUUUCCACCAUUCAUUCACAUCUGCAGCUGACGUCAGAACAGCAGAAACCAUUGCUACUUCACUAACGUCACUUUAGAGUAUUUGAAUGAUUCUCUAGCGUAAUGUCUAAAGUGAGGUUAUAAACAGGUGAUUUUGCUGACAUUUUAAGAUUAUAAGGCUGAACAGCAUGAUAUGCCAUCAGUCUACAAAGAUUUCCCAGUAUUUCUCUGUUGCAAUUCGAAGAUCACAAUAAUUAAUGUCAACCGUCUUUGCUCAGCUCAAUGACUGAUGGAUGCCAACGCGCUGUAUCUCUAAAAUGAUAAAUAUUUAAAAUAGGCACUAUCCUUUUAAAUAAACUGCAUAGUUGGGAUAUAAACAUCUACAUUCUCACCUAAAAAAGCCUCAAAAGUACAUUAUGUUGCCCAACAGCAGCAAUAUUUGUCAAAUGGUUGUGAGUUUAUUGAUCUGAUGUCACUCUACGUGGGUGGAGUAAUACACAAGAGUGAAGAGACUGUACGAGUUUUGCUAAAUAUCGCAAGGCUAUCAGCCAAUCAUAUUUGAGAACUAGACAGAACUGUUGUAUAAAUAUAUAUGUAUAUUUAAUGGUAACUAUGCUAAUUAAUCAGUUACAUUCCAAAUGGAAAUUUAACGUGUUCUGUGUCGUACAGCAAUCUGGUAAUACAGCUGAAAAUUUUACAGGACAAUGUAAAUAGCAGAGCCAUUCAGAAGUGCAGAAUAGUGAACUGAACUCCCGACAAAAUUGAAGGUUUUUAAUCUAAUUAAUACAUAAUAAAUCCCUUUAAUGUUAAUAAAAGUGCAUGCUGAGUGACUGAUUUAUAGGUUUGCAUUGAGAGUCACAGUUCUAAUGUUCAUUUUCAAACUGUAUGCUUGCUAGUUAUUUUAUUUUCAGGAUCUGAGGUAAAACUGUCUGCUUGUGCUUGCAGUAUAGCAAUAAAUGGCACAUAUAAUGGUAUUCAAACUCAAAUUUAACACUGAAUAAAGCACAUAAUCAGCACCUGAGCUGAUCAUUGUACAACUUUGUUCAUACGGUGUCCUUGCUACAUGUGACGCAAUGAUGCGACACGUGAUAAAAGCUUUCUUUUCCAUGUUAAAUUGAUUUUUUUUCCUAACCAUCUGCAACAGUGACGCACAGAAUUUCUAUUUUAGAAAUGGUUUCUAUUUCUUGUGGAUGAACAGCAGACAAUAAUCACCUCAGGUGCUGAUUAUGUGCUUUAUUCAGUGUUAAAUGCUAUUAAUGUGGGUUUGAAUACCAUUUUACAUGACCUUUAUUGCCACACUGAAUGCAGAAGCGAUAUUUUACCUCAGAUCUUGAAAAAAAAAAAACAAUCCCACUUUAUAUUAAGUGACCUUAACUAAUAUGUACUUACACUGAAAUUAAAAAUAAGUUACAAUGUAUUUAUUGUGUAAAUAUGUGUUUUUACAUUGUACUUACUGUAUGAUUGAUUAAAAACCUGCUUGUAAUUACACCUGUAAUUAAUUUACGUAAUUACAUUAAAAAUGACACUGUUAAUCCAUCCUUACACCUUAGUCCACCCUUAAACCUACCCAUACCAGCAAACCUGUCCCCAACCCUACCCAUAUACCACCAGACGUGUUCUUCAAUACAUUAUGAAUACAUUAGUACGUUGUAAUUAUAUUUUGAUGUAAGUACACAUUAGUUAAAGACAUUUAAAAUAAAGUGGGACCAUAAACACUAGCAAACUUAGAGUUGGAAAAUGAACAUUAGAAGUGUGACUCUUAAUGCAAACCAACAAGCAUCAGCCCCUGAACAUGUACUUUAAAUUAUGCUAAAGAGGUUGAUUAUAUUUAAUUGAUUAUAAACUUGUUAUAAAAAUUGCUCUGGUGUUUACAUUUUCAUGUCACAUCUGGUAGGAACAGAUAAACUGCUUGUUGCUGGAAUCUUGUCACGUCGCAUGUAGUUAGGACACAAUGUUAUGCUGUUCUUCAGCCGUGACAUUGCAGAAAUAGAAACUAUUGUCGACGAUGAUCUGAAAAUUCGGUCAUCAUUGACUCAACCUUUACUUGUCCAAAACCUUAUUGAGUUUCUUUUUUCUGUUGAACCAUAACGAGAUAUUUUGGAGAAAGCUGGAAACCUGUAACCACUGACGUCUAUGGUAUUUAUCUACUAAGGAUAUCAAUAGUUACUGUUUUUCAGCUUUCUCCAAAAAUAUCUUGUUUUGUGUUCAACAAAAAAAGAAACUCAUAAAGGUUUGGAAGCACUUCAGCUCAAGAAAAUAGUGAGUAAUCAUUUUUUUUGGGGGGUGAACGACCCCUUUAACAUGAAAAACCAAUGCUAUCUCAGGGCAAUUGGUAACUUUUGAUGUAAUGAAGAACUAAUUUCGAGAGGAUCACGUGCUUAUGAUUGACCACAGCUCGUCCUGCAUAAGCUAACACAUGAUUCGCCAAUCAGAUUAUUCCUAACUCAAUAUGAAUAACCAGAGUUUCUUACUACAGUUAUAUUUGUUUUGAAGAAUUCCACACCUACUUCUCCUUCCUUGUUCCGCGAUAUGGUGACACUGAGGCCCAGUGGUUAGCACUGUUGCCUCACAACAAGAAUAUCACUGGUUUAAGUCCUUACCAGGUCAGUUGACAUUUCUGUGCGAAGUUUACGUUCUCCCCGUGCUCGUGUGGGUUUCACCCAGGUUCCCCGGUUUCCUCCGACAGUCCAAAGUCAUGCAACAUCAGUGAAUUGACCAAACCAAAUUGGCACCCUAGAUGAACUCUUGGUCAGCUAUAAAUCUCUCCAUAGAAAUUCCUUAUAUGUCAUUAGCCAUAAAUAAGCAGGGAGUUCUCGAGAUCUACCUGAGCUCAAACUCCCCUCUCGCUCUGCAAACGGGUGGGAGCCCUGGGCUCAAGGAUCUUAUGAGCUCAGGGCUCUCUCCCAGGACAGCAUGCCAAACAAGCUUUAUAAUCAAUCAUCAGCUAAGUGUGAACCUAAUUCAAUCUCAUUCGUACAAUUUAGUACGAUUUGCAUUUCCCCCAAUGAUGGUUGGGUUUUAUGGGUGGGGUUUGGUGCCACGCCUCCUUUUUAAAAUGACUGAACUUGUACACUGUUAAAAAAGUUCCGCUAUUUUACUUUUUUUUUUUUCCUGCAGCUGGGGUGCCAGAAAAAAAACGUAAAAUAACCUCUGUUAAAUUACAGAAGUUUACUGUAAAAUUACAGAGGUUAAAUUACAGAAAUUUCCUUGUCGGCUUAUUUCCUUUAUUAAGCUGGAGUCGCCAACUUAUCCAGCAUUAAUUUUACGCAGUGGAUGCUCUUCCAGCCGCAACACAUUACUGAGAAACAUCCAUACUCACGCAUUCACGUACACACUCAUACACUACGGUCAAUUUCAGCAUACCCAGUACCACAUGUCUUUGGACUGUGGGGGAAACCAGAGAGAACAGAAAUGCCAACUUACCCAGCCAAGGCUCAAACCAGCAACCUUCUUGCUGUGAGGAGAACGUGUUACCCACUGCGCCACAGCGUCGCCCACCUAGGUUUGAAUUUUUUGGUAAAUUUCUGUCAUUUAACGUCUGUUAUUUUACAGUAAAUUUCUGUAAUUUACCGGCCGUCAUUUUACGGCACCCCAGCUAGCAAGUUACGUUUCUUUGUGAAAUCAGACUGGAAAAACAUGCAUACAAUUUUGCAUGCUAUAAUACAGCGUCGACACUGGUCAGAAAGUUUACCGCACAUUUGGCCAUCAGGGUUUUUCCAGCAUUUAAAAUGAGCUGAAACAACACAAUUCUCGAGUUUUUUUAUGGGGACAACUUAAUUGUUUUAUGUUCAAUCCAUUUAAAUUUGUAAAAAGUAAUAAGUUAACUUAAAUCCUUCAUGUUGUCCCAAAACAAAUUGAUUGUGUGGAACCCAGCAUAUUUCAGCGUAUUCACACAGCGUACAUUCUGUAUACUGCAGUAGUAUUGGUGCGCUAGUAGUUUGCACUUCUGAACAGCCUAAAUGACCCCAACAACAAAAAAUAUAUAUAGACUGUCGUUUUUCUACCAACUGACAGAGAUUAUGGGAGAAGUGGUCUUCUGAUGCCUCAAAUCUUGUCAAUCUCUGGUGUUGUGGGUUGAAAGGUUUACUUCCGACAGGAGCUCGUGUACCAAAGCCUCUAAAAAAAACGUUGUCAUCCUUCUCAUAAUGCAUAACUCAAAGACUGUUGUUCAGGUGUAUAACAGACUAAACAUGGCUUUUUAUUUCUACUGUGAAUCAUUUUACUAUCCUCCUCUCCGAGUGUAUUAUUGCACUGUAAAUAAAGAGAAAAGGCCUGAUUUCUACGAGGACUCUGCUGUCAAGCUGUCUAUUUUUUACUUUGGAGACUGUGCUAACAUGGAGAGCUGUACAAUUUGAAUGUGGGAAACCUUUGUUACUUGUUGACUGUUAUGUCCCUUAUCAACGUUGUGCACUGGUUUCUAAUCGUUUAAAAUAUAGUAUAUAUAUAUAUAUAUGUACAUUUUUGUUUGGACGCCAACAUCAGAAUGAAGUAUGUAUUGUAACGGAUGUAUCAUUUGCCUUGAAUGUACAUGUAUUAUGGGGGGAAAAAUGUGGUUCCUUGAAAUUAAAACAUUUUCAU